CGCUCGGUGUCUAUGGUAACAGCCACGAACGUCGAUCGUCGAUAUCCGAUCGACAGACAGCAGCAAUCGAAAAAUAAACACAACACCGGCUGAGAAACCGAACCCGCGGGGAAGUGGCCGCCGCGGAAGCCUCGGAACGUUAUUCGGUCCAGGUGCUUGAGUUCACCUGAGCAGGCGCCAUGCUGCAGCAUCCACUGGUGGUCACGGCCCGGGUGGACCUGCUGCUCCUUCUCCUGACUCUGUUGUCUCUGUGGACCAGACUGAGUCAGCUGACCUACCCAAACGCUGUUGUUUUUGACGAGGUCUACUAUGGACAGUUUGUGUCCCUUUACACCAAAAGAAUAUUCUUCGUGGAUGACAGUGGGCCCCCACUUGGACACAUGAUCCUGGCAUCUGGAGCUUACAUCGGAGGGUUUGAUGGAAACUUCACCUGGAACAAGAUCGGAGCAGAAUACCCUGCUGGCGUCAGCGUGGCCGGCCUGAGGUUGCUGCCUGCGCUCUCUGGCUCUCUCUGUGUCCCUCUGGUGUACCUGCUGUCACUGGAGCUCCACCCCUCUCACCUGUCAGCAGUGGGGUCAGCGCUUCUGCUGCUCCUCGAGAAUGCCCUGAUCGUCCAGUCACGCUUCAUGUUGCUUGAGUCAGUGCUCAUCUUCUUCAUUCUUCUCACCUCCUACUGUUAUCUGCGCUUCCACAACUCCCCAUGCUGCUCCUGGUCCCGGUACUCCUGGCUCCUCCUGUCUGGUGCUGCUGCGUCUGCAGCUGUUGGUGUGAAGUACACCGGCCUGUUCUCCUACCUGCUGUUGGUGGCCGUGGCCUCUCUGCACACCUGGCGGUUAAUUGGAGACAAGACUCUCAGUCAUCUGAAUGUGUUUUUGCAGUGUGUGGGUCGAGUUCUGUGUCUGCUGUUCAUUCCAUGUGUGCUGUACGUGUUCUGGUUCUUCCUUCAUCUGAGCAUCCUGAAUCGAAGCGGCCCACAUGACCAGCUCAUGAGUCCCGCCUUCCAAGCAAGUCUGGAGGGGGGUCUCUCCAGGAUAACCCGGGGUCAACCGCUAGAAGUGGCUUAUGGAAGUCAGGUGACAUUACGCAGCUCUGCCUCACUGCCCCUCCCAUGCUGGCUCCACUCCCAUAAAGCCAACUACCCUGUGAGGUAUGAAAGUGGGAGAGGCAGCUCCCACCAACAGCAGGUCACAUGCUACCCUUACAAGGACGUCAACAACUGGUGGAUUAUCAAAGAGCCGGGCAGAAACAGGCUGAAGGUCUCCAGUCCUCCUCGGGUAGUUCGACACGGGGAUGUUGUUCAACUGGUCCAUGGAAUGACGUCACGCUUUCUCAACAGUCAUGACGUAGCAGCUCCCAUGAGUCCUCAUGCCCAAGAGGUAUCGGGUUACAUCGACUUCAAUGUUUCCAUGCCAACGCAAAAUCUCUGGCGAGUGGAAAUCACCAAUAGGGAUUCAGAGUCGGAGGCGUGGAAGACAAUCAUGUCUGAGGUGCGACUGGUCCACGUCAACACUUCAGCUUUUCUAGCGUGUACUGGUGUCUAUCUUCCAGAUUGGGGUUUUCAUCAGUUAGAAAUCGCUGCAGAGAAAACACUGAAGUCUUCCAGCGGCUGGUCAGUGGAGGAACAUCGCUACGGCACCAGUCAGGAGCAGAAGGAGCGGGAGGCAGAGCUGCAUUCUCCUGCUUACAUUGACGUCAACAGAAAGAUUAGCUUCUGGGCCAAAUUUGUGGAGUUGCAGUGGAAGAUGCUGUCAGUCAAACAGGAGCGCACUGAACACAAGUACAGCUCCACGCCUUUAGAGUGGAUCACUAUGGAAACCAACAUAGUCUACUGGCUCCAUCCGUCGACUAAUGCUCAAAUCCAUCUGAUCGGGAAUCCAGUGUCCUGGUGUUUGGCCCACCUCAGCCUUCUGAUCUAUAUGGUUUUAGCGGCCGUGUACCUGCUCAGAAGGAGGCGGGGCUUCAAGGACAUGCCUGAUGAGGUGUGGGAUCACUUUCAGACGCUGGGCUGUGUCUGUGUCGGUGGUUGGUUGGUCAAUUUUGCUCCAUUUCUUCUCAUGGACAAAACCUUGUUCCUGUAUCACUACCUGCCUGCUCUAUGUGGCCUGCACCUGCUGAGCCCUGCCCUUCUGGAGCACGCUCACACACACCUUCUCAGGGGCACCCUCAGGUCUGGCGCACGUGUCUGCACUCUGCUGCUUUUUGUCAUCGUCUUCAAGUCGUAUCACAACUUCUGCCCACUGACCUUUGGGAGAAUGGAACUGUCAGCCAAGGAGCUCCAAGAUCUGAAGUGGAAGAAGGCCUGGGACAUCUUGUGUCGCAUGAAUCGUCCAGUCACAUGACCCAAGGAGGGUGGUGUGACCACUUGUCAAACAAUAAAUGCUUUUUUAUGUGUACUGACCAAAAUAGCCUGACUUUGUUGGACUCCACUCUUCACCAGAAACAGAUUUGGCUUCCUCAUUAGUCCUGCAUCUCCUUCAUGGACCA